AUGGAGGCUCAAUCGUCAGUGGAUGUGACAACGGCCGAAGCUGCCCUUUCGCAGCACUCUUUGAUAAAAAAGAGCAUAUUUUCGGUCCCAGUCGAGCGUUUGCAAAGCGAAUCGGAAAGGUUCAGUGAACGGAUAAACAGGGCAGAGUGUGGCACUUCAAAUCCUGAUCUGAUAUCAUCCAUCCCACAUAUGGUCAACCUUCUGACGUCAUUACAAGGCUUCGAGAACGAUGUGUUUAAACAGUGGGAAAAUCGUCGUGUCGAACUAGAAGGAUGCUACCAGAUGAAGCUGUUCGGGCACGACGCUGAAGAAGUAGUACUGUCUUUGGCUACUACAUUCUCAUUCCUUUAUUGCAGAUGCUUGAGUGGACUAGAAAACAUUGUGAUGCUUUAUCACGCCGAAUGGGUGACAUCGGCUCUAGUGAGACAGAAACUUCAGACAAACUUCAUGAGUUCGAAGACUUCUCCAAGACUUUAG